AACAUGACUGUUCAUCUCAGCUUUCUUCUCAUCCUCACUGGACUCACAGGAGUUCACAGCGUAACCACAGUCAGUAAAGUGUCAGUGAAGGCUGGAGAUUCAAUCACCAUCCCAUGUCUCUAUGGCCCAAAAUACAUGAACCAUGUGAAAUACUUGUGUAAAGGAUAUCACUGGAGCUCCUGUUCAUAUGCAGUUAAAACAAACCAACCACGUAGUUCAGGAAAGUUUUCAAUCUCUGACGACAAAAACCAGAGAAUCUUCACUGUGACUAUAAAAGAUCUGACGAAUACAGACACUGAUUACUGGUGUGUUGUGGAGAUUAAUGGAGGGGCAGAUGAUGGACAGUAUUUUCACCUGUCAGUCACCACAGAUACACCCAGCCUCUCUGUGGAUCAUCAGGAGAUUACAGGGUUUAUUGGCGAGAGUAUAAACAUCAGUUGUUACUAUAGAAACUCUGGAGAAAGCAGGUGGUGCAGGUUGGGCAUGAACUGUGUGACAGGGUCAUCAGGAUCAAUAGAUGGAACAAGUGUGACCAUCAGUGCGACAGUCUCCAAUGUUUUCACUGUGACUAUGAGUAGACUGAAGACAGAGAGCAGCGGCUGGUAUUACUGUGUUAAAGGAGAAUUACAGAUGCCAGUUCAUGUCAAUGUUACUGAGAGACCUACUACCAAGCAGACCAAAGCAGCAUCUUUAUCCAUGACAGAAAAAAUCAGCCUUCAAGUGCACUGGUUCAUAUUCUUUAACCGCUCACUUUCUGACAUGGCUGUUCAUCUCAAAAUUAUUUUCAUCCUCAUUGGAGUCACAGGAGUUCACAGCGUGAAUACAGUCAGUAAAGUGUCAGUGAAGGCUGGAGAUUCAAUCACCAUCCCAUGUCUCUAUGGCCCACAAUACAUGAACCAUGUGAAAUACUUGUGUAAAGGAUCUCACUGGAGCUCCUGUUCAUAUGCAGUUAAAACAAACCAACCACGUAGUUCAGGAAAGUUUUCAAUCUCUGAUGACAAAAAACAAAGAAUCUUCACUAUGACUAUAAAAGAUCUGACGAAUACAGACACUGAUUACUGGUGUGUUGUGGAGAUUAAUGGAGGGGCAGAUGAUGGACAGAAUUUUCACCUGUCAGUCACCACAGAUACACCCAGCCUCUCUGUGGAUCAUCUGGAGAUUACAGGGUUUAUUGGAGAGAGUAUAAACAUCAGUUGUUACUAUAGCAACUCUGGAGAAAAGAGGUGGUGCAGGCUGGGCAUGAACUGUGUGACAGGGUCAUCAGGAUCAAUAGAUGGAACAAGUGUGACCAUCAGUGCAACAGUCCCCAAUGUUUUCACUGUGACUAUGAGUGGACUGAAGACAGAGAGCAGCGGCUGGUAUUACUGUGUUAAAGGAGAAUUACAGAUGCCAGUUCAUGUCACUGUUACUGAGAAACCUACCACUACCACACUUGCAACAAGAGGCUCAACCACCCUAUCACCCAUUGAUUCCAACCCCGUUAUUCCAGAGCGCAGUGCUUCAAUUCACCUAAAGAGCCUCAUCAUCCCUCUGAGUGUGUUGAUCUUCAUUGUAAUAGUAUCCUUGUUCAUCUGGUUUAUGAUGAAAAAGCACAAGCGAAGCAACGCAAAGUCAUCAACCAAGACAAUGGCUGAAGACGGAGUAACAUACUGUAACGUUGGGUACAAGAGAGAAACUUCAGACCAGAGAUCACAUGCUGAAAGUGACAUGGAUGUGAUGUACAGCACUGUGGUUACCAUAAAUAAACAAACAGCAAAAAGGGUUGAAGCACAACAUAAUGAUGUUACAUACAGUACUUUGGCUCCGACCAAAUCAGUCAAUUAGUAGACAGUUUAUUUUUUUAAGACUACUGUGUUGCAAUUUGUUGUCUGCUGUUAUCAUUUUUGUGAUGAAACUACUUCCUUCCUUUUUGUCACUUUUUUUACCUUCCUUUGCAUAGCUGCAAAAUGUUACAACUACGCAUUGACCUAUUCGUUUGCCUAAUACUCAGCAAGACCAGUGACAACAUGUAUCUUGCUUUCAUUGUACUUUUUGUUAGAUGCAAAGCUCACAUUAAUACAUAUUCCUUUCUAUACUAAUCUUAUAAAAUACAACUGACUGUGGCCAAAAGAACAAGCUUGUUACAAAUGUUACAUUAAAAGUAAGAAGAGAAAAAAAAACCUAUCAAAAGUCAUAUAUUGAAUACAAAUAAGAUGUACCACAACAGAUGCAUAAAUAAGAAGUGUGAAAGUGGAAUGAUGUUUUCAUUUGACUUUUAGAAAAAUAUUUUAAAAAAUCUUAUUAUUCAACUGUAACUACCUCCAUGUUUUAAAUAAAUGAACACAUUUCAGUCCAUA